AUGAGUGCUGCAGAGUCUGCGGAGGCUUUUGUUGGCAUGCUCAGUACCACGGACAGCCUUCAGGAGGGUGAGAUUGGUAAAAAUGUCCAAGGACAAUGUCUCAGAAUCGUCUCCCCCGUGUCUCCUGCUUGGCUUUACUGCUGUUAUGCAGUGAUCAUCGUCCUCACUGGAGCUGUGAUUGCACUUUCGGUGGCUCUGUCAUUGUCAGUAAGAAACCAAGAACAGGUCUCAACCUAUGCUCCUUGCCGAAGAGACUGGAUUGGAUUUGGAAGUAAAUGUUUUUAUUUUUCUGAAGACAUAAGUAACUGGACAUUCAGUCAGAACUUCUGCAUUGAACUAAAGGCCCAGCUAGCUCGAUUUGACAACAUGGAGGAGCUGAAUUUUCUGAGGAGAUACAAAGGGACCUUUGACUACUGGAUUGGCCUGUACAGAGAGUCACCAGAGCACCCUUGGAGGUGGAUGGACAACACAGAAUAUAACAGCUCGGUUCCCAUCCGAGGAGUGGAAAAACAUGCCUACCUGAACAACAAGUGGAUCAGCAGUGCCAGGAUCUAUGCAGACAUGAGAUGGAUCUGUAGCAUGCCCAACAGCUGUAUCCUGCAAUGUCAAAUUCCUUUUGCUUCUUUCUUGUCUUUGUCAAGAGAUGCUUUGUAACCUGUAUCAACAGUUGCUGCUCUGUCUGCUAUCUUCCAACACUGUUAUCAAAAGAAAUUGAAUAUUUGUUGGCAUCACAACUAAAAAUCAUCAUGGAGAUCAGCAUAUACAGGGGUUUUGAACAACAUUGAUGCUUCUAAAUGGGUGUUGACACUUGUGUCUUAACCCUUAGUACAAUUAAUGUACUUUAUGUAUUUUUCUGUAAUUUUUUAAAUUUUGGGGGGUAUUUUAUGUAAUUUUUAUGUAAUUGUGUAGGAAGGAAGGCCACUUGUUUGUCCCGGCUUCCCAGAACUAAAAUAAUCACACAGAAACUAUAUUAAUUAAAUUCCCUGCUUGGCCCAUUAGCUCUAACCUCUUAUUGGCUAAUUGUUACAUAUUAGUUUAGCACAUUUUUAAUAAUCUGUAUAUCACCAUGGAGUCAUACCCUACUAGUAAAUCAUCAGCACUUCUCUCUCCAGGUGUGGGUCCAUGGAUUCUCUCUGACUCUGCCCUUUUUCCUGCUAGCAUUCAGUUCUGUCUUCACUGCCUAUAUAUGCUCUGCCCUAUCAACAGGCCAAGGCAGUUUCUUUAUUCAUUAAUGGUAAUUAUAGCACAUAGAAAGGACUCCCACAUCCUAAUGGCAUGAUUGGAAGUUUUGUUGCAGACCAUCUUUCUCAUGAGAAUAUGAGACCACCAAAAUGGUUUUUCCAAAGUACACCUGUCCUUGCACUUUAAUAAUGAAAAGCAGCAGUCUGUGGUGACAGUGGUGGUAUGACCCUUUAAUCCCAGGGGCUUUUAUAAUUUUUUUCACCUUUUGUUUCCAAGUGAAGGUCUCUCUGUGUAGCUUUGGCUGUCCUGGCACUCACUCUGUAGACUAGGCUGUUGUAAGGAGAGGGCCCGCUUGUUCAUGCUGGCUGCCUGGCUAGCUUAGCCCUGAAAUAACCACUCAGAAAUUGUAUUAAUUAAACCACUGCUUGGCCCAUUAUCUCUAGCCUCUUAUUGUCUAAUUCUUACAUCUUAAUUUCACCCAUUUCUAUUAAUCUGUGUAUCACCACAUGGUAGUGGCUUAUCAGGUAAAAUUCUAACUGGUGUCUGUCUCAGGUGGAGGAUCCAUGGCUUCUCUCUCUGACUCUGCUUUCUUCCUCCCAAAAUUCAGUUCUGUCUUCUCCACCUACCUAAGUUCUGCCCUAUCAAAGGCCCAGCCCAAAGCAGUUUCUUUAUUCAUUAAUCAAUGAAAGCAACACACAAAUAGAAGUACCUCCUACACCACUAGGUUAUCUCAAAAUCACAGAUAUUUGCUUGCCUCUACCUCCCAUGCACUGGAAUCAAAGGAGUGUGCCACCACUCCCAGUCAUAAAUUUUAUUUUCAAUAAGGUCUUUCCACUUGAUCUGAACCUGUGACCCUCUGCAAGAAACUGAGAUCACAGGUGCGUGUUAACACACAGUACAUUCUGCUCUUUGGUGUUAAACUACAAAUACCUUUUAAAUAAUGUAAAUUAAAAUGAGUAAAUAAUUGUGUUUUGUUAUAUCUAUACUCUACUAUUUAUUAGAUGAAUACAGAAUACUUUAGUUU